CGAAACCACACGACUACAAAUCCCACAAUGCCACCUGUGCAGCUGCACUUCCUCUUCCGGCUGAACAGCGCGCCUGCUCCUGCCGACGUGUUCUUCCGGUGGCUGAGCGGCGGAUUACCCUGUGUCCGGCAAAAUGGAGCUUGAGGCCAUGAGCAGAUACACCAGUCCAGUGAACCCGGCUGUCUUUCCGCAUCUGACUGUGGUGCUGUUGGCCAUUGGCAUGUUCUUCACCGCCUGGUUCUUCGUUUACGAGGUCACCUCCACCAAAUACACUCGGGAUAUCUACAAAGAGCUCCUCAUCUCUUUGGUGGCCUCGCUCUUCAUGGGCUUUGGAGUGCUCUUCCUGCUGCUCUGGGUCGGCAUCUACGUGUGAGCUCCCACGGGUACCAGCCAGGCGGCUUCACUGAAUCCCUGCUUUUGUAAAUUAGUUUUUUUUACUAUGCCAGAAAUGUCCCACCUGCUGCUCACAAUAAAGGCAGAUGUGUGACA